UCCUUCCUCAUCCAUCAUUCUCAUAAGUAGAGCGCAUCAUUUAAGCCAAGCAAGCUGUGGUCAAUACAAAUCCACCAUGAAGACGUUUCUCAUCCUUGCCCUCCUUACUAUCGUGGCGACCACCGCCACAACUGCAGUUAGAGUUCCAGUGCCACAAUUGCAGCCACAAAAUCCAUCUCAGCAACAGCCACAAGAGCAAGUUCCAUUGGUACAACAACAACAAUUUCUAGGGCAGCAACAACCAUUUCCACCACAACAACCAUAUCCACAGCCACAACCAUUUCCAUCACAACAACCAUAUCUGCAGCUGCAACCAUUUCCACAGCCGCAACUACCAUAUUCGCAACCACAACCAUUUCGACCACAACAACCAUAUCCACAACCGCAACCACAGUAUUCGCAACCACAACAACCAAUUUCACAGCAGCAGCAGCAGCAGCAACAACAACAACAACAACAACAACAACAACAACAACAACAACAACAACAACAACAAGAAGAACAACAAAUCCUUCAACAAAUUUUGCAACAACAACUGAUUCCAUGCAUGGAUGUUGUAUUGCAGCAACACAACAUAGCGCAUGGAAGAUCACAAGUUUUGCAACAAAGUACUUACCAGCUGUUGCAAGAAUUGUGUUGUCAGCACCUAUGGCAGAUCCCUGAGCAGUCGCAGUGCCAGGCCAUCCACAAUGUUGUUCAUGCUAUUAUUCUGCAUCAACAACAAAAACAACAACAACAACUAUCGAGCCAGGUCUCCUUCCAACAGCCUCAGCAACAAUAUCCAUUAGGCCAGGGCUCCUUCCGGCCAUCUCAGCAAAACCCACAGGCCCAGGGCUCUGUCCAGCCUCAACAACUGCCCCAGUUCGAGGAAAUAAGGAACCUAGCGCUACAGACGCUACCUGCAAUGUGCAAUGUCUACAUCCCUCCAUAUUGCACCAUCGCGCCAUUUGGCAUCUUCGGUACUAACUGAGAAGAAAAUAACUCUAGUACUAGAUAUAUGAAACACCGUUUUCUUAGUCCAUGGUUUGGUCGUUGUAGCGGUGAAAAAAUAAGGUGACAUGCACUAUCAUGUAAGAACCCGAACUAUACUAGUUCAAACUUGGGAAUAAAAGACAAACACAGGUCUUGUCUA